AUGGCGGGAUUGGCGCCCGUGAUUCGCUUUUUCGAAGCGGACAAGCAGGUGCCGCUCGGCACCUCGGCAGAUCAAUGGGAGGAGGUUUUACACGAGUUGAUGGCGCAAGUCCCAGCUCCAGAUGAAUUGGCUCAGCGUUUUGCCGACCCGGAUGACGCUGAAUCUGAUGACGUUCAAGCGUAUCUGCAAUGGUGUCGCCAGCAGCCCAACCUCAGUGUACAAACCUCAGUGGUGCCAUCGGAUGUCUUUGGCGCUUCGGCUGAACUUCAUGAUAUCAAGGUCAAGCCUGUGCGAGGUUACGGCAGCGACGAUCAGGUGUAUUUGGACUUUCCUGAAAUUCGAGAGCGCGUGGCUCGCGGCAAUACGAUUCUGACGCGUCGACAUCCCAAACGCUCCCAUGCUCACUUUGUCGUGCAAGGCCUGCACAAGUUUACCGGGGCCAAGGGGCAGGAUGAUGAUGACGUCAUCGACAAUGAAAAGCUCUCCUCCGUCGAGGCGGCGGCCGUCAAUUGGCGUCGCUUUUUCAUCGGGGAGGAUGCCGCGAGCGCGCGUCACGUGAUUUGCAUGGACAAGGCCAACGGCGAAGCCGGCCACGUGGCUGUGGUGCGUACCCAGGACGCCUACGUCCUGCUCGCCGGCAGCAAGAAUGUGCACCUGGCCUUUCGAGAUGCUGCCGAUCUGGCCGCCUAUCGUCGCGAGCCCCGUUAUCUGGUGGCUUCAGCCGUCGCCGAUGCAUUUCUGCGCCACUUGCAACAACUGACACCUGAGCGGCGAGGCGAGCUCUUGGCCUUUAUGGCCUGGACGGGUCUGACCGCCUGCUUUGAGAUUCUACAGCCUUCCUAUCAGCACGUGGAGUUGCUGACCAAUACCGAACCCGAGUUGCUCUUCCUGACCUUUGUCGAGCCCAGUCCAGCCCCAAAGACGACCUCCCUCUGUGGCCUACGCCCCGACGCCGCGCUGGAGUUGGCACGUUACUUUGGUCUCAAAGUGGUCAAGUACUCGGUCCAUCCCAUCUCCGACCUGGAGACUCAGCUCAACGCCAUCACCCAGUGGCAUGGCAAGGAAGGCGCCGUCCUCUACUAUCUCAACGAUGCCGGUGAAGUCUUGGGCCUGCUGAAGAAGAAAUCCAACUGGUACGUGAUUCUUCGAGCAUGUCGCGAGAAGCUACGAGCAGGGCUCGGAGCCUUUUGUAAAGAAGUCAAGUCCGGGCGAGAACCGAAUUAUCACGCACAGGCCGAAAGGUUAAAGGCCCGGACGGUGCAACGCAUGAUGGCUCGCCUCAAGCAACUCAACGAGUGGCUCGUUAUGACGCCUGAGGAGAUGGCGGCAUGGUCAAGCUUGCUCACCGAUUUUAUCACCCAUGUCUUUGACCGCGCCGCUCAGGUCCAGGGCCGCGUCAAUGCCUUUGUGGAGGAGGUCCGCUGCCAGUUUCCUCAAACCUGGCACUCUUUCGCCGGCCCUCGCGCCACAGCCUCACCUCUUGCACAAACGCCUUGA